AUGACGUGGGGCAUUGUUCAUAGUCCUAAGUCUUUGGGGGGCAAGUGUCUAGGAUCAUCAGUCUUUGAUGAAAGGGGAGUUGGAUCUGGGGACUUCAAUGAUUUUAAUCUGGAGGAUGCACUAAAAGAAACGUCCUCAGUAAAGCAGCGAUGGGACCAUGUCACAACUAGAAGGCCAGCAGUGACCAGAGCUCCAGCAAGUUCUCAUGAGCGAUGGGACCAUGUCACAACUAGAAGGCCAGCAGUGACCAGAGCUCCAGCAAGUUCUCAUGAUGAUUUUGACCUGGCUGAUGCCUUGGAUGAUCGAAACGAUAGAGAUGAUGGCCGCAGGAAGCCAAUUGCAGGAGGAGGAGGUUUUUCAGACAAGGAUCUGGAAGACUUAGUAAGUGGUGGUGAAUACAAACCUGACAAAGGCAAAGGUGAUGGGCAUUAUGGCAGCAGUGAUGACUCUGAAUCUGGCAUGUCGGCAGAGACUGGCACCAUUGCUGGGGUGGCUAGUGCCCUGGCCAUGGCCCUAAUUGGAGCGGUCUCCAGCUACCUCUCCUAUCAGCAGAAGAAGUUCUGCUUCAGCAUCCAACAUGCAGCAGAAGGUCAAGAGGGUCUCAAUGCAGACUACGUGAAGGGGGAGAACUUGGAAGCUGUGGUGUGUGAGGAACCUCAAGUGAAAUACUCGGCGCUACAAACGCAGUCUGCGGAGCCGCCGCCCCAGCAGCCCCGGAUCUGAGGCCCCGCUUGGCAGAGGUGCACAGACCCAGCUCCCUGCUCUUCCCACAUCACUGGCUUCUCGUUUUGAGUUUUCCGGCUGAGCUCUGGGUAUUCGUGCAUUUGGUUUCUGCACCCCAUCAUGCAGGGUGGGGUACUCCACCACAAGUACUCCAGAGAGACUUUGGUGCUGACACACAAGACACAGCUCUGGCAGAAAGCCAGCACCAGCCUCAGGAACUCCUGGGUCACAAGCUUGAGGCCAGCCUGCCCCUGGCCUUAGGGGGCAUGGGAAUGGAAGAAUCUGAGAUGCUGUGAGCAAGAGAACGCUGGGGGUGACGACAAGGGGAGUAAUGACGCCUAGGGGACAUGAGUCGGACCCCAGGGGAGUGUGGGCCCCCUCCCAUGCUGGAGAUUCAUUGUGGCAGGUUUCUUCUAAUAGGCAGGAACCUCAGAGAGCUGUGAGUUGGGCGCCCGCCAGCGCCCAGUUCACAUGACACCCCUGCGAGGAGUGAAUGGUCAGCACCAAGUAGCACCCGACACGCCACCCCCAGGGCGGCAUUUUCAUUUCAGUCUUUUCUUGCAAUUCCAGGUUUUAUGUUGCUGGAGGCUUUUCAGCUAUUUAAGUGUGAACUUGCAUCUCAUGAUAGUCCUGUCCUGAAUUUAAGAAUCUUCUGGAGAAGUAG